UUACAGAUAUCCUGAAUACGACUGAAGCAACUCAAUCGAAGACAUACGAAAGUGUUCUUUUCAGCAUUAAGCAUUUAAUAUAUCAUUAGACGUUAGUUACGAAAAGCUAAACUCUUUUAAGUGGUAAGUUAUAAAACUUUGCACUGCAAUUUCAUCAAUAUAAAAUUCGAUUUGCCAGAGCGAAGAACGUGCAAGGUCGAUACACAAUUAAAGAAAAUCAAAUUACAAUCUAGACACGCAGCUCCUUAGAGGUAAAAUAAAAAAAAUUGGUAAAACUAACACGAAUUUUAUUAUCAGUAAACAAUUCGACCGUGUUAGCUUACGUAAUUAGACAUUCGGUCCAUUAAUGACCCCAUUAUUAUACAUAAUUAUGUUCGAUCUAAUUUCUGCUUUUUCUUUUAUUCUGUACCAUCUGUGUUUAGCUGAACAAAUUGAGCUAUUAAUUGCACAUUACAAUCGCUUUCUAUGUAUAGGCCUAUUUAGAAGAUGAACAUGUAAUAAUAUUUACAAUAGAUACACAUGGAAUAAUAACGUACUACAAUAAUUAUAAUAACAUAAGUCUGCUUGAUACAACUAUACACAUGUAAUAAUAUUAUUGCGCCUAUUUUGUGUACCUUUGUUCAUUUUUUGUACAGUAUCUUUUCGUAUUUUAAAUAUUGUAUAUAGAAUAUGUGAUUUAUUCUUGAUGUUUUUCAUCAAUUGUAAAUUUAAAAAUGAUUACUUUGUUGCAAAUAAAUAAGGAGAUUAGAUGAAAUAAUUGUGUUGUCGCCAUCGACAUUCGGAAAAAUCCGGAAAAACAUUGGGCCGUAGCCUACGGUCUUACGACCGUCGGUCGACGGACUCAUCUCUGCUCCCCGUGAGCGCUUGUCGACGAAAACGCCAUCUGCAGCUGAUUGUAGGUGACAGUCUAACAAUCUAUUCUCUUUGUUCAUUAAUAUUUUUGUUUGAUUGUUUUGUUUUUGUUUUUUUUUAAAUUAUGAUUGUUUUUGUAAUGUAUUUUUCUUGUUCAUCAUCAUUUGCUAAAUUAUACAAUCAUUUUAAAUGAGUAAUCUAUUGUUUUAAUCGUAUUUUUAGAGUGAUUUCCCGAUUUUGUUGUAUAUUUUUUGGCUUAUGAGGAAUUUGCUUAAAGAAAAUCGCGUUUUUUAUAUUGUUGUAGUUUGGAAAUAUGUCACCAGCAAAGACAUGGACUGUGGCCCUAAUUCUAAUACUAAAUAUUAAGAUUGGGUCAGGCCAGUCGACAAGGCCAGAUCAAACUAAAUCAGUGUAUGGUAUCGAUGUUGCCAUAUGUUCUUCAACACAUCAAUGUCAGUUAAAGAACCGAUGUGGAAUGCCUCCACAAGAUGGGGAUACAUGUGGAUGUGAUGCUGCGUGUGAAUACUAUGGAGAUUGUUGCUAUGACUACUCGUCUGCGUGUAAUUCUUCUGAAUUAAUUCCUUCAACGGAAUAUUCAAGUCAGCUACAAUGUGUGACAAGGGAUUCAAUUUUUUCUGAUGGAUUUUACACAAUAGGACUGUGCAGAGACGACAGUAACGUUGAUAUCGAAACAAUCAGUAAAUGUGAAAAACCUGCUCUAAAUGACAUUCUCUUGACAAUCAUUGUAUCAGAUGCAGACGAUAACAUCUACAAGAAUGUGUAUUGUGCUCUAUGCAACGGUGUGCCAAUAUCUGAGCUGACUGCGUGGGAGAUUACUUUCACAUGUCGUGAUGAAGGUCAUCGUGAAGAACUUCACGAAAGAAUCGAAACAGUUUACGAACCUGGAGCUACUAAUCCACCACCAGUAACAACUAAACCACCUUCUCUUAUACACAAACAAUUAGGCAAUGCUUUAGCCUGUGAUAAUUUUCAUUUUGGACCACCACAAGGUAAACCGGAUUUAAGGAGAAAUUGCAAUUCAAAAGCAAAACUAGAAUGUGAUGAAACCUACUCUAAUGAAAGAGUGGUUCAUGCUUGUAGAACAAAGUACAAGGGUAUUGUUUAUGGUAAAAGAGGUGUCUAUAUGAACCCACAUUGCGCAGUUUGUAACAAUGAUUACUUCUAUAUAUGUUAUAACAAGACUAAUUCAGUUAAGGAUGAUUUCAGGGUAACACCAUUGACAAUGAUAGUUGACUUUUCAUUGGAAAGUAGUGUUAGUGUUCGUUCGCCUUACGAAACUUACGUCAUCACUGAAGGGGUCAGCUGUGCUGCUGGUGAAGUUUAUGAUCCAUUUACCGAAAAGUGUCUUCAAGUAAAGUGUAAAAGUGGAUUUACACUCCGUGGAUUCAACUGCGUUGCAGCUGUAACAUCAUCCAAUUGCGGUGGCGCUGCCAUGCAGGUACCAAACAAACUAUUUUGUCUAUGUAAAUUGCAGGAACAAUCAAUGCAUAUUGAAUAUCAAUAUGUAAGUGUUGAGGAUAAUUUUAAAUCUGUAGAUAUAUUUACAGAAGGUCUUAUUUCCUUUGGUGUCAACUACUCGAAGAAGACUUUAAAAUAUACAAAUAUGACAAAUAUAAGAAUUUUAAUAACAACAAUAGAUUGUCAGUUAGCGCAAGAUAUAUCUGAUUUAGCGAUUAGUGUAUUCAACAAAACUAUUGAUACAGAAUUAAGCGUUGUGACCCUCAAACAAAACUGCUCAACGAACGCAACACCAACUAAGCUACUCUGUGACUAUGACAGGUUUCUGCUUACAGAUGAAGUAUCUGUAAAUUUCGAAAAUACAACACGAACAGUAAGUAACGGCAACUUUUCUACGCUGGUUCCUAAUGAAGGAUAUAUUUUGGAGAUCGUCCAUCAGGUUGCCAAUGAGUCAUCUAUUUGCAGUAGUUUCUCUAUAUCGACAUGCAAAGUUUGUCAGCAGCUUCAACUGGAUGAAUCUUUGUUCCUACAUCAAAGUAAUGGCACUCUAGUUCACGAAUGGUCAGGAACAGUUUUUGAAGAAAAUGAAUUUGUUUUAUCAAAUUACUCAAACGCCAGCACCGUUGUUGUGUGUUCUUUUCUAAAUCAGACUGGAUUUAAAAUCGUACAAACCCAAUUCUUUAAUUAUGAUGGUGCCCUACUAAUCAUCAGUGUCGUUGGCACAAUUCUCUCACUAAUUGGUCUUCUCAUUACGAUAAUUCUACGUGUUAUCUUUGAAAAGCUAAGAACACUUUCUGGAAAGAUCAUCUUAAAUAUUUCCAUCUCUUUGUUCUUUGCUUUGCUGUUGACUUUAGUUCAAGGAUAUUUUACUGAAUGGAAAAGAUUUUGUGAAAUAGUCGCCGCCAUCCUGCAUUAUUUGUGGCUUGUAUGCUUUUUAUGGAUGAAUGCAAUGGCAUUUGAAUUUUUUCGAACUUUCCGGGUUUUCAGAGCUUCGCCCAGAAGUGAGAACUCUCAGAAAAAGACAUUUGUCACAUACUUUAUAUACAGUUGGGGAGUUCCUGCAGCAUAUGUUGGAAUUAUUGUGGGCAUGACAUUUUGUGAAUGCACAAGUUUAAACCUGAUGUACGGCGAUGAUUCUGUUUGUUGGAUUCGAGAUGAAGUUGCAUCAUUCUUUGUGUUUGGUAUUCCAUUAGCAGUGAUUCUUCUACCAAAUCUCAUACUAUUCGUGGCAACAAUUAGAGGCAUUCAUGAGGCUAGGAGAUCUACUGCCAUUGUGAGUGAUAAGACCCAAUAUAAGCAGCUAACAGAGGAAAUGGUCAUCUAUAUACGGAUUUCAACAGUGAUGGGAUUAUCCUGGGCGUUUGGUUUUCUCGCGUCGUUUAUCGAUCACGUGAUAUUGUGGUAUCUCUUCACAAUUCUGAAUUCCCUUCAAGGGGUUUUCAUCUUCUUAGCAUUCAAUAUCACACAUUCAAUAAGGAAAAUACCAACAUCUGGAAAGCAGAAACAAACGUCUUUGACAUCAAGAACCAGAGAUACUUCAUUAUCAACUCCUACAAGCAACUGAGUGUUGUAGAUGGAAACAAGAUGACCAGGGAAGAUUCUACUCUUCUUGUUGUCAAGUGCAGCAUUGCCACCCAACUUCAAGAUUUCAGCAGUCAAGUACCGUACUCGAGUACAGCAGCCAUGUAGACUGGGGCACCAACAUCGACCCAAAAUGCAUAGUUACCCUUUCGCAAGAAUCUGUGAACACGACCAAAAGGGGACUGAAGUCAAGCACGACUUGAUUGGCUCUUGGCCUUUCCAUUAGCUUUUCCUCCUCUACCACGUCCACACAUAAUUAUUUUCUUAUAAUUCUCAUCAAGAAAAAAGAAUCAAUCAAGGAACAGAGAGAACCUAGACUUGUCCACAGGACAAGGAAGACAAAGAGGGAGAUUCGCAAAAAACAGGGUUACAAAACGGACAGGAGAAAAUGUAUAAAAAUAAAUAUAAGUGAAAGUUACUCGAAAAGUAAACCUACAUAAUAGAAUUUAAAAGUUUAAAAUUAAAAAAAAUAUAUUUCAUUAAUUUUCUUGUAAUUAUUUUAUAUAUUUAUUAUAUAGGCCUAUAAACUAUGUAUUUUUUAUAUUAUAUAUAUAUAUUAUUAUUAUUAUUAUUAUAUUUAUAUUAUUCAGGUGAAAAUUUAUUUUAUUCAGUUUGAAUAAAAAUUUACAGAUUAAGGGGUAAGGAAAGGCGGAUCAGUCUAUGUGGGUUCAUUUGUGGCACAGAAAAUACUAAACGACGAUAUAAGGGAGAGUUUCGAAGUAUUGUUGCUAAAGAUUUUGAAACCGGUUUGUAGACAAAUUUAUGAAGAAGCUUAAGACGCUGGGCGUUAUCGUCAAAGAUAAACCCAUGUGAUCCAAUUUCAAGAGCACUUUGUAUCCAGAGCCAAGAAUGUCCGAAACUAGAGAGGCAUACUUAUUGCAUUUGUAGGAAUGGGCCUUUUCAAUGCCAAUUUAAAAUGGCACAGUUCGAAUAUGAUGAUUUUUUUUUCCAGCAAAAUAUACAUAAAUCGGGGAUUAGGUUAGUGGGAGAGCAUUCCAGAUGGAUCAGUCUGGUGUGUGGGAAAUCCUGCGCUCUUGGUGAGAUCAGAAAAAAAAUUGAGCCCAAUGUGUGGCAGCAUUGAUAAGCUUCUAUCAUUCCGACCAAUCACAAAACAGUACUAUUCUCCAUACAAAACUGCAGGUAUUAAACAAGUAUUGAAUUUUUGGUCCUCUUUACAAUUGAACAAAAAAAAAAUUUUUUCUGCAUUUCAUUUGAAUGUAGGACUAAAACCACCCUAGACAAUAACCACCCGGACAAAAACCACCCACAAUGAACUAUAACAUUAUACAUGUUAAAGUGGGGUUGGUAGUGGGAUGGACAAUGUUGGGCGGGCUUGUUUUUAUCUUGCUCUACCAUAGAAGUAUUUAACACUUUGUUAUACAUUACAUAUAUUAUACGACUUUAAUUCAUAAAUGUAGUAUUUAAGUUUUAAAAAUAAAAUUAAUGUAAGGCCUAUGUGACAUUUUGUAAUAAUUUUCGCACUUUGUAGGCCUAAUACCUAUCGCACUUUGUAAAAAACUUGUCCUUUUGUUGCCUUUUGUAACAACGGAGAAGCCGCGCUUUUAACAUUUUAAGCAUUUGGUUUCUUAUAGCUUCCACAAAUUUCUUAACAAAGUAUGGCUAUUUUAUAAUUUUAUUACAAAGUGCGACAGCCUUUGUUAUUUGUUUAAUUUGUUGUAUAGAAUUCGCCAAAUACAAGAAAAUAAGCCACUCUAAAUAUAGGCUAUAACAUAAGAGUGACAAAUCAAUUGUUGCUUUUGUUGAUUAUUACAAUGUGCGAAAAUUAAAUUUCUACAAAAUGCGACAGUACACACGUACAGAUUAUUUCUCACAAUCAAAAUUUGACAAGAAUCUGAAUUAAUUUAUGGAAGUGUAAAGUUGUUUUGUACCUACAAAAAACAACAUACAAUCAGCCCUGUAGAGACGAAUUGUAAUUUGGUACGCAGUGUCAAGUUUUGUGCGCCAAAGAAGGAGGAAGCUGACUUUGUAUCAGUUACUAGAGCCAAGCUUUCUUUUACGAGAUUUUCUUCAAAAGGAAAACGUUGAUAAUCAUAACGAAAUUUACUGCAAUAUUUUUAGAAAUUGUUUCAUUUGUGUAUGUUGAUUAAUGUAUUAGUUUAUUAUUUAUAAGCACAAAAUAAAGAAAGCUUAUAAUAAUUUGCAAAAUCUGUUUUGUGAACAGUAAACAAGCCUAGGAUCAGUUUAUUAUUAUUAUUGUUAAUAUUAUUAUUAUUAUUAUUAUUAUUAUUAUUAUUAUUAUUAUAUGCUUUUCAAAAAAAAAGACAGAAAAUUAAAAUAAAAAUAUGAUUACUAUAGUUUCUACUGGUACUAUAUAUUUGAUUUCACUGUUUAUAUUUAUUUAUAAAUAUUGUCAUUAUUUCGGAUAACAUAAAACAAGGGGAAUUCUUAUGUACUAAUGUAUUUUACACACGGUUUGUGACAUGACUGAUGUCCCCUGUGCUUGCUAUUUAAUCUUGAGAACAGAUAAUUACAUCAAUUUAUAAUUUCUGAAAAUGUUUGUUACAUUAACGAAUGACGAUUGUAUUGAUAGAGUUGCAUAAAUAAUAUGUAAUUGUAAUAAAUAUAUUCCAUUUUAAUCAGCAAUUAAAUUUUCACUUAGUACACAUUUUACUUCACUUAUGCAAUUCUGAAUUUUCCAUAAUAUAUAUACAGUACUUACAGGCCUAUGUUUUUCUAUUAUCGAUUGGUAAAUUUACUCCUUGUUUUUUUUUUUUCUUUUUUAUCAAAUGUUUAUAUUGUUCAUUAUUGAGUUAUGAUAGAAGCAGAAUUGUUUGAUGAUUUACUAUUAACUGUAUAUGUAGAUUAUUCUUUUUUGAAGAUGACAGAUAAACACUAUGUAAUAUUAAUAAUUAAAUUUCUUUUUAAUCAGCAGUUUUUUUUACUUAGUACAAGUUUUACAUCACUUAGUGCAAUUCCUAAUUUUCCAAAUGGUUUGCACAAAUUAUUUAAGAUGUUUAUACAGUAGUUGUAUAUGUGUCUAUUACUGACUGUUGAAUUAAUUCCUGUUGGUUUCUUUUUUUUUUUACAUGUUUAUAUUGUUAAUUAUGAAUUAUAAGUUUAGAAGAAUAAUUGCUUAAUUAUUUACUGUAUACUUUGUAUGUUCAGUAAUGUGUGUAUAUUUUACAUAGUUUAUCAUAUCAUACUGGAGCAGCAUGAUUUGUAUAUUAAUAAUCAUUGUUAAUAAUAUCCUAAUGCAAAUAAUGGGCCAAAUCUAUGGAGCGCCUACAGUGCCUUCGUCAGUGCGUAUAGCAUUCUGCUGCCCAUUAACCGUUCGGCGAUAUAUUGCAUUCAGCGCAUUUGGCAUAAUGCGGCAGCGAAUGUUCAUUCGGCGGCGACUAUACUCGCCACUUAAAAAGGACUUCAGCAGUGUCGUUCGAAAGCUUUGGUUCUUUUUCUGGCUGUUUAUUUAUAAAGUUUACAUUUUAGCUGUUGCUUAUCAAAUUUGUAUCUUAUUGAUAUCCAACCAUUGUUUUCUAUACUAUUGUUGUUUUUCAGUAUUUGCCAUUGCCUAAUGUAUAAAUUGUAAACUACAUAAAUUAUAUAUACUGUGUAUG